GACUUCUUAGAAACUCUCCCUUCUAUUCAUAUUUGCAUCCUCUCAAUAAUGUCACACUGAUCAACGUAACUUUCAUCAUGUUUCUAGGUCAAGUUUCGUGGCUAGAUAUUGUCGUCUUUCUGUUCUUCCUGGCACCUCAAUUGAUCAUCCAUGUCGGCUUCAUCCAGACUGCUAGUUGUGGUCUACAAGCAUUGCCAUUUUUAUUAAUCAAUCUUCCUCUAUCAUUCGUGCGGGAACGUUUUUUGACACCCCAUGAACAACGACCACCUUUUGUUCAACAGGCUUCAUGGUUUGAGGAUGUAGUCAUCCGUUGUGUCCGUUAUGCAUUUGCCUAUAUCCCAGCAAACAUUGGCCGUGUCUUCUUCUCAAAAGAUGUUGCAUUGCCAUUCUUUAAGUUUCGUAUGCUCCGUCAUGGAUAUUCUGAAUCUCCCAUUCAUUGGAAUGAGGUCAACCAGGACGACGUGAAAGGGAUUUGGAUCAUUGCGGACAAAACUAAGGAACCAGACAUUGUCAUCUAUUAUGCUCAUGGUGGCGGAUUUGCAAUGGGAUCAAGCUAUUUCUAUCUCGAAUUUCUUCUUGCAUGGUUGAAUCUUCUCAAAGAAUCAAGAAAGUUUCGAAAUCCUGCCAUCUUCGCAUUAGAGUAUAGCUUGGUACCCGAUGAAUCAUAUCCAACUCAGCUCCAUGAAACCUUUGCCGGCUACAAGUAUGUCUUGUCAAUGACCGACGACCCCUCCAAAAUUUGUGUCAGUGGCGAUUCAGCUGGAGCAACAUUGAUUCUCAGUUUGCUUCUUCACAUUGCCAGGCCAAAUACUGCCAACUCGGAUCCAAGCAUUGAGAGAGUACACACUGAAACCCCUGCAAUGGCUGUUUUGAUAUCUCCUUGGACGACCCUCGAAUCACCACAACAUAAGAAUACUUCAAGCGACUAUUUAGAUGCUGAUAGCUUACAUCUAUAUGCUCACCAAUAUGCGGGAUCUCGAGCUUCUGUCUUUGACCCCUCAAUUUCACCAGGAGCAUGUAAAGAUUUGGACUGGUGGAGAAUGGCCAGUCCAACCCGAGGGUUUUUCAUCACUUAUGGUUCGGAAGAGGUAUUUGCUCCAGAGACUCGUGAUCUCAUCAUGCUUCUCAAAAAAUCAGGAAAGGUAGAAAUUCGAGGACAAGAACAAACAGGUGGCAUUCACGCAUGGCCUGUUGCCGCUUUAUUCUUGAGCAGUACUUCAGCAGCGAGGCGAAAGGGGCUACGCAUGCUUGUGAGUGAGAUAGGCGAACGAAUGGGAAAGGCACAUUGAGGUUCUUGUUUCACGGGGAUUUUUUUUUUUUAGCCCCGUCAGAAUCAAUGAACAAUGUUAAUAAAAUUACUUGGGUGGGAAGGGGCGUGUUACAACCAUACCUCUCUACUGGAUGUAGAUGUGAGCAUCUUAUAGGGAAAAGCGAAAAAUUUCCUUAAUACCAAAAAUCCAACCAGGAGUUAGUGGAUUAGCUAAAAUGGAAAUCAGAGUGUUUCAGACAAAUAAUCACCACGGCAGGACCGGCGAGAGAAGUCAUCACCUCAAAAGUUUCCAAAUCAACCCACCAGUGGCCUUGGCUGACCCAAAGUCAACACAAAGAUCUCCAACGCGAAGGAAGAAAAAAAUUGCUCAAAUCUCAUCGGUCGAGACAGGUUUAAAGAAAGCAGAAAGAUCAUAGCACUGUAAUCGCAAUAGGCACCGGAGCAGUGGAUUAAGUAAAGAGGCAAUCAAAGUGACCUAUUAGAGCAUAGUAUAUACCUCCGAUCUAUGAAGUUUAUAGAUAUCUAGCCAGUCCGUCUGUACAUAUAAGAAUUUCCCAGUGUACGAAAGAUAUAGUUUACA